ACAAACGCGCACACACUCAAAGCUCAUCAACUCUCGCUCCAUAACGAACCGUUCUGCCCCGUUACCUUUCAGUUUCAUCUUCCACACUCUCUACCCCCUGGGCUCUCUAAUGGUUCUCGAGGUCGCUGCCAAGGCUGCUGAGGGCGCCCCUGAUCUCCUCGGCGACUGCCCUUUCUGCCAAAGGGUUACUCUAACCUUGGAGGAGAAGAAAGUACCCUACAAGCUGCACCUCAUCAAUCUCAGCGACAAACCCAAAUGGUUUACGGAAGUGAAUCCAGAGGGGAAGGUGCCUGUGGUGAAGUUUGAUGACAAAUGGGUGCCUGAUUCCGAUGUGAUUGUUGGGAUCAUUGAGGAAAAAUACCCUGAGCCUUCUCUCAAAACCCCUCCUGAAUUUGCUUCUGUGGGAUCAAAGAUAUUGGGAUCAUUUGUGACAUUUCUGAAGAGCAAGGAUCCCAGUGAUGGAUCAGAACAGGCUUUGCUCACGGAACUGAAGGCAUUAGAUGAGCAUCUUAAGGCACAUGGUCCGUACAUUGCUGGGGAGAAGGUCACUGCUGCGGAUCUAAGCUUGGCACCGAAACUGUACCAUCUCAAGGUGGCUCUCGGCCAUUUCAAGAAGUGGACGGUUCCAGCAGAUUUGGCCCAUUACCAUAAGUACACCGAGCUGCUUUUCUCAAGGGAAUCUUUCGUGAAGACCGCUCCUGCUGACGAGAAAUAUAUGAUUGCAGGAUGGGAGCCGAAGGUGAAUCCAUGAAAUAAUCCUAGAUUAUGUGCUCAUUUGUUCAAGUUUAGUUGUGUAAUAGGUUUGAAGACAUAUGCAUGUCAGCUGUGGAAGCUAAACUUGGGUUAUUUCCCGUGUCUAAUAAAUGUGUUGAUCUAAAUCGUCUAUUAUUUUGUAUUA